UCUCUCUCUCUCUCUCUCUCUCCUUUUAUCCACCGCGAGUAUAAACGACCGGAAUAGCGUAUUCCCAGCGGAAUAAGUCCCCGACCACAGCGAUCGAUCGAUUCGCCAUUGUUGGUGGAGCUCCCUCUGCUUGGAUUGCUCGUGGUUUUGCUGUGCUCCGGGAAUCAUUGUGCGUAGUGUAUGAUUGCAUGUGAUUUGUUGCGAGAAGUGCUAAAUAGUACCAAGACCUGUAUAGUUGGUGAGCUUCCUUAUGUCAACCAACAUCAGAGAGCUAGAAUGAAGAGAAACUCUAAUCAAUUCAGUGGCCAGUAAUUUUAAGUCCCAUGGCUGCGGGAGAGAAGCAACAUGCAACCUUGUUGAAGAAAGGGGCUCUGCAGGAUUUGCUAAAUGAAUCUAAAAAUACUAUAACAUCACAGGAAAAUUCUCCGCUCACGAAGGACAACAAAGAACUCAACUCAGAUUCAGAGAAAAUACCUGGAACCAAGAGGCACCAACCUGAAAACAGUACUCCACACACACUUGUAUACGUACGUAGGAAAGUUGAAAACGAGCAUGGCAAGAAAAACACCCGUUCCAAUGUGGAAAGUGUAGAAUCUCUUGGACUAAGUAAAGUUGAGGAAGGUGGAAUAAAGGAACAAAAUGUACAAAAGAAUCAGAGCGGCGAGCAUAAAUCGCCUUCUUGCCCUAACCAUCCUCUUGGAAAGCCAACUAAAGUUGACGAGGAUGGAGUAAAAGAACAAAAUGUACGGAAGAAUCCAAGCGAUGAGCCUACAUUGCCUUCUUGCCCUGACCAUCCUCUUGAAAAGCCAAACACUGGAUUAGCGGCAUCUGAGCCAAACAAAUCAACAAGUACUACAGGAAAUCCUCCUCUGGCUGACUCACAGAGACCGAGUAAUCAAGAUUGGGAGGAAAGGUUUAGUAGGUUACAGAAGUUCUUGAAAAGUCGCGACCAGUCAAGCCAGGAGGAUUAUAUCAGAAUGCUCCGUUCUUUAUCGGCGGUCGGUCGAAGUAGGCAUGCUGUUGAAUUGGAGAAAAGAGCCAUACAUCUCUUACUGGAAGAAGGAAAGGAGUUGCACCGGAUGGAAGUAUUGAAUGUUCUGGGAAAGGUUUCACCGAAGGACUAUUCACCGGUAUUUACGCAGAACGCUUCUGCUUUACAAUCGUAUUCCCGCAGUGAGAAGAAACGAACCUCUCAUUAUCCAUCUCAAUGAUGCAGUUUAGGUUAGGAAAUUUGAUAGCUUAUAUUCAGAGGCGCGCGUCUAUUCUACCAUUACUAUCCUGUACUGUGAAAUCAAAAUAUCCUGUUACUGAUCUCUCAGGGAAGCUCAGUGUUUCUCCAUGUGUUGUGACUAGCUUAUGUUGCUUUAAUUUACUGAAGCCUAUUGGUUUCAAAUGUAUUUAUCUCAAUAGGAUUUACUAUUCUUUGAAUC